UCCAAACGGAUUCAGUGUCUCGAACUCCGGCCCACGAGCUUGACACCUCUCCAGCCUUCUCCCGACAGGGCCUGAAUUUACUGCUGCUACCCUGGGAGUCAAAUUUCAUGCAACAUUUCCAAUGGUGUAACGGAUGCCUGUGUGGUUUGGGUUGUCAGCGCUUUGAACACUACUGCAGCAUGACGUCUGAGAUCUAUCACCUCCCGCUCAAUGUGUAUGUCAUUGUGCUGGGCAUCGGCCUCUUCGUCUUCAUGCUCAGCCUCAUCUUCUGCUGCUACCUUUUCAGGUUGAAACAACAAGGAACGAGGGAGCAGUUCAGCUACAAUGAGGUGGUGCUGAAGGGAGCAAGCAAGAAACUGAGCCUUCUAGGACAAACCUGUGCGGUGUGUCUGGAAGAAUUCAGGACCAGAGAUGAACUGGGAGUGUGUUCAUGCUCACAUGCAUUUCACAAGAAGUGCCUGCUUAAGUGGCUGGAGAUCCGCAGCGUGUGCCCUAUGUGUAACAAACCCAUCCUCCGGCUCCACACCGACGCUCCCCAGGGUGCCGAGGGUCCAAUGGAUCCGGAGGAGGUGUGAGGGAGCUGGGAAAGAAGCAACCCGACUCCCCUUACAGAAAACACACACAUUAAAUACACUAGGGAUGAUGGACAGUGGUCAUCUAAAAGACAUCUCACAGGAAAUGUUGAUAAUGAUCCCAAGCGGUCGCCCUGCUGCUGACCUUUGAGCAAUAUGCCUUGAUGGGAAUUGGAUGGUGACAGCACCAAAAUGACUUGGUUAGAUCAGCCAGGGAGUGGGUGGAUGAAUAGGAUCUUUUCAUAAUAAAAUGCUCCUAGUUCUACUUCCAUAUUGCACUGUUCACCAAAAAACAUUACAGGAAAAAAGGAGCCACAUUAGAGAGCAGGAUAUCAUUGCCACUGUCACUGGACGACUAGUGCGGCACUGCCAGAGACAAACACUGCAGGCGUUGAGCAGGACAUUAGAGUACUGGAUCAGUAUGGAUACCUCUAAUAUCUCAGGGGUGUUACCAAUACAGCCAGCACAGACCAUGUCAGUCACCCUAUAACCCUGUGCCACACAUGCAUCUUCAAUACUGCCAAUGUAGGUGAAAGGCUCCAGCAGUCAGAGGUAGCAACAACCUCCGGCUGAAACCAAGACCAGCAGGAUUACAACCGAUUUAAGUAGACAAUAUUGUUACCGAUUGUGUCCCAUGCCCUUUCCUUUUAAAAGAAGACUGAUAGGAAACUAGUCUUGCCUGUAUGUAUUGUAUGUAAACAUGUCCCUAUAUAUUGUUAUUUUGUAUUUGUUGCUUUUAAAUAAAACGUCACGUAAUGUAUUGUAA